UCCCCAGCGGCGAACCUAGCCACGCUCGCGUCGUUCGCGCGGCCGUGCUGUGGCCUCCCGCGCGCCUUCGCCUCGACUGCUUCCACGAAUCGGGUGGGAAGGAUGAGGAAGGGACUACACCCUCAGAUGCAGUGGAUCUCGUACGUGACACAGAGCGGCAGGCUGAUCAACGUCAUGAUGACCAAGGUCAACCACACCGGCAAGGUGUACCACAUGAGGGCGAAGCGCCAGAUGGCACAGAGCCUAGGACAGAUUGCAAAGUUCAAACGCCGGUACGAGCAGGAAGCAGCGGAGGAGAGCAACAGCAAGUAGGAUGCACUGUAUGCGAAGGAGCUAUAGAUUUUCUUUAACAGCCAUAAGGAGAUUCUAUUGGCUGGAUCGAAUUUUAGCUGAAUGAGUUUUGUUAAUGGAGUUUUUGUUCUGGAUGGGACAAUUCAGCGUUACCUCCAUGCUCCUUUUAAGUUGUCAUUUACAUACUUACAUGCUGGCUGGAGCUUCUUUGUUAUGUGUGAAACAAAAGUGCUACCAAUUCAGUUUCUAACUUCUUUUUAGUUUUUCUCUGGCAUGUGCCAUUUAUGAAGGAGAUGUGGGCUUGCAUGCUUUCUGAAACUAAAACUUCUGGUACCAAUAA